CAUUGACAUUUUGUGUUAUUGUAAAUAUAACACAGUGUAAAAAAAAACAAUAUUAAAUCUAAUAAGUAAACAAAAUGGUUAUAGCAAUAGGAUUUGAAGGUAGCGCAAAUAAACUAGGAAUAGGAAUAGUAAAAAAUGGUGAAAUACUUGCAAAUUGUAGAAGAACGUACAUAACUCCGCCAGGCGAAGGUUUUUUACCAAGAGAAACAGCAGAGCACCAUCAACAGAAUAUUCACGAGGUUCUCAAAGAGGCGUUGGAUCAAUCUGGAAUAAAACCAGAUGAUAUAGAUGUAGUCUGCUACACAAAGGGGCCGGGCAUGGGCGCCCCCCUGAUGGUGUGUGCUAUCGUGGCUAGGACAUGCGCAAAAUUGUGGAAUAAGCCUAUACUUGGUGUCAAUCAUUGUAUUGGACAUAUAGAAAUGGGAAGAUUGAUAACCAAAGCAAAUAAUCCCACGGUAUUAUAUGUGAGUGGUGGAAAUACACAGAUUAUUGCAUAUUCAAGACAAAGGUACAGGAUAUUUGGUGAGACCAUCGAUAUUGCCGUUGGUAAUUGUUUAGAUAGGUUUGCCAGAGUAUUAAAGCUAUCUAACGCACCUAGUCCUGGUUACAAUAUUGAACAAAUGGCAAAAAAGGGAAAGAAAUUUCUACAAUUACCAUAUUGUGUUAAAGGUAUGGAUGUCAGUUUCUCAGGAAUAUUGUCGUUUAUGGAGGAUAGAAUAGAUGAAUUACUAAAAGAUUACACACCAGAAGACCUUUGCUAUUCUUUACAAGAAACUUUAUUUGCUAUGUUAGUGGAAAUCACUGAGAGGGCCAUGGCUCACUGUGGAUCAGACGAAGUGUUAAUAGUCGGUGGUGUGGGCUGCAAUGAACAUUUACAAGAAAUGAUGGGUGUUAUGUGUUCAGAACGUGGUGCUAAAAUAUUCGCAACAGAUGAGAGGUUCUGCAUAGAUAACGGAGUUAUGAUAGCCCAUGCUGGGGCUCUUGCUUAUGAAAGUGGAAGUAGAAUGGAGUUCAAAGAUGCGACCAUUACUCAGAGAUACAGGACUGAUGAUGUGUUAGUCACUUGGAGAGAUGAUUGAAUAAAUGUUUUUAUAUUUU